GGUUGAUAUAUUUUUAAAGGUCGUUUUCUGAUAAUGUCUCUCUUGAUUUUUGAGAAUGUAUUGAACAAAUGUUUAGUUCGGGCCAUUCAAGGAUCGUGACGUCACGCCUCAAGACACGCCACAUGAUCGAGGAUGCGGCGACGAGUGAACAGUCGAGUGUUUGACCCUUUUGAUGAGUGGUUGGAGUCCCAGGGGUUGUACAGGAAGCAAGUGGCUCGAGAUGGCUCUUGUCUGUUUCGUGCAGUUGCUGAACAGGUGUUUAUGACGCAGACGGAACAUGUGAGUUUGCGGUCACAGUGUCUAAAGUACAUGAUACUGCACAAAGAUGAAUUCCAGCCCUAUUUGGAAGUGCCAGUGGAUCAUCAUGUGUAUAAGCUGCAGGAUGUGAGGGAAUGGGGUGGACACACUGAAAUCAUCGCAAUGUCUCGACUCUUUAAGGUAGACUUUCUUAUCUACCAGGAGAUUGGUUGUCCUCCCACAAAAGCCACGGAGUACAACUACCCCAAGACCCUCAUGCUGAGUUUCACACAUGGCAAUCACUAUGACAUUGUGUACAAGAAAGAAGUGGCCAUGACUCGUGGGUUCUGUCAGUCCUUGGUGUAUGAGAUCCUGUAUUCUAGUGUUUUUCAACUGAAGGAUGUGCGUCUAGCUGUUGACACAAUGCUCCACGACAAGGAGUAUGCCUCCUUGAGGAGAGACUCGGCUAAUUCUGCUGAACUAAAGGAGAUUGGGGCUUUAGUAGAGAAGAUCCUUGGAACCAGCAUAUCUCGGGACAGCAGCCAGGAAGAAGCAGAGAACAAGCCCAGUACAGCCAUAGAGGAGCGGCCAAGCAUAGAGGACAUACACCCUGAUGACGUGCGUGGCCUUCUAGCUCAUGGCAUUCCUCCAUUUCCAUACAAGGUAGCCAAGUCCCUUGAUCCGGAUAUUUAUAGGAACAUUGAGUAUGAUGCUUGGAACACCAUGCGCAGAGAAGCUCGCUUUGGUCCUAUUGAUUACAACGGAUUCCAAGCAGGAGUUAAGGUGUUUAUCAAGCUGGAGAUGCUGCCCAAUCGCGAAGAAGUAGAAGCCAUGAGAAAGACUCACAUGGCCAGACAGGGCUCAGGUGACAAUGCUGAGAAGAAGAAUGCUGAGGAGAAAGUUGAUAUCUACCAAGGUCAUAUCCAGGAGAUGUCAGAGAAUAAGGGUCCAGUAGAUGUCUAUAUAGAAGAAAUAGGUUGUAGGUUGAAGGUGCCUUAUGAAUCCCUUGAGCGAGUGCCACCAUCCCCUCCACGCUCUCCCUGGCACCAGCAGGCUCCUGGAGGACCAGUUGGAGUACCUAGUGGUCCAGCAGCUUCAGUUUCUAGCUAUAAGAAGCUCUCAGGGUACUACCAGAAGGCACCCCUUCCCCCAGAACCUGAGUACUCAGCUGGGAGAAGCAAGAAGAAAGGAGGAAAGCAGGUCCGAGAGGUAGUAACACUAUACCAAAUGCCUUCUGUAAGAUUUUUUUCUCCUGUCAACAAUUGUGGCAUGAGGGGGAGAUCUGCCAGCAGCCCCACACCUCCACGUCCCCGCACCCCUCAGGGUCCUCACCACCAGCCUCCCUAUGGCAACAAGAAUUAUUCACAGCGAGGGAUGGGGAGAGGCAGCAGUGGGGGUUACAGGGGAGGUCCCAACCCUGCCAGAGAAGCCUUUCCUCCCAUCCCGAGUGGGAUGAAUGUAGAUAUUGGUGUUGAGGGUGUGUGGGCAAUGAGGGCUAACAAUCCCCCUGCAAACCCUCACAGUGGCCCCAGUGCUCCCAAGAAUGCCCCACCCUUUCCUCCCAUGCCUCACCCACCAAUAACCCACCCACCACCACCCUAUCUGUUCUGUCACAUGGAACAGGGAGACAAGGAUCCCCAGGUACAUGUGAGAGAGGUCACCAUGGAGGCCCUGCAGCAGGUCAUGAGUGCUGGGGGGCAGCAGGUCAGGGUAACUGGCCAACGGCUUGAGGUCGUGUCUGUAGAAAAGCCCGAAGAAAGCCAAACUGAGUCAGCUGUGAAAGAAAUAGUACUGGCAGGGGAACACACACUCUCAACAUCCCAGGCAGAGGAGGAAAUUAAUGGAACCAGUGCCACUGCUGAAGGUGAGCUCUCUAAAAUUCCAACUGAAGCCAAAGAGUUUUCAGCACCACCACCAGCACCACCAUCACAAACUGAAGUGGAGAGCACCCUGCAGGUGGAGCCUCUCAACCCAGUACCCACAUCACAAGAGCCAAACGGUGAAGUUCCUCAAACUCUGGUGUAUCCAGUGGACCCCAGCAUUGCAUUCAUUUCACCACCACCGCCACCCCACAUACCACCUCCUCAGCUGGGAGACAACUCCUCACCUCAAAGUACCACUGUGUACACUGUGGCAUACCCUCCACCAUACUCCAGCCCAGGCCUUAUCCAGGUGUACAGUCCAGUGCCCCCUGCUGAUGGAAGCUGCACCCCGUCUGAGUACAACACUCCCCCACCACAGCCAUUGCCACCACCACCUACUACCUCCACUUCCACUGCCACAACUAUGCCAGCCAGGCCAGAGCCAUGGGAUCCUAAUGUUCAAGAUUCAGAAGCAAUGAAGAUGAACCCAGGAGUGCCCCCUUACAUGGUGUAUCACAUGCCCAUGAUGUAUGGAGGGUUUGGGGGCUACAGCUACAACCCACACUGGGGCUGCAGCAUUCCUGUGAUGCCUUCCCCUGCUACAAUAGAAGAGGGCAAGCAGACACCCUUGAUGCCAGGAACAGAUGGGUAUCAGCAGAUGGUGGCUGUUGGAGGCUGGGGACAGGGAUAUGUGGGUGAUAUGCCUCCCCAGUCAGUGCUCUGCCCACCCCCUGCAGCGCAAGGUUACCCUCCUUUGCUGCGAGAGCCUUCCCCCAUACCUUAUCCACCUCUCCCUUUUCAACCUGAUGGGAGAGAUGGAGGGAAAGAUGGGCCACCCUUCCACCAUCACCACCACCACCAUCACCAUCAUCACCCACGGGGCCGGGGCCGUGGUGGGCCACAUCACCGAGGAGGGGGACACCAUUUUCCUGCACACCAAUACUCAAAUAAUCAUGGCAACAACUUCCAUGCACCUGCAGCAAAUGCUGGUAAUUUCUACCGAGGGGGAGGCGGCACCCAGCGGUCCUUGCCACCAAGGUUCCACCGAGGUGGAGGAGGCCCUCCUGGAAGGGGAGGACCAAGACAUUUUCACAACAGCAGCCAUACACCACCUCACGUCCAUCACCAACGGAACCACCAGUAUGAAGGGCAACCCCUGGUGCACAUGGGCAACAAGAAGUCCAGCUCAGAUAACUUAGCAUCACAGGGUGUGUCUGGUAGUAGUGUGGCACCAAAUGUGGCCUCUGGUGGUGUAGCCUCUCCUCCUCAGGUCACCUUUGUUGAUCAUGAAAGGCCACCUGGCGUCAUGGCCCUUCCCCCUCCUGAUACUCCUGCAUUGCCUCCCCAGGAAGCCAUGUCAGUCCCUCCCCCAGGUUACUACUCUGCCCCUCCAGGCUUUGUAAUGACUGGGCCCUGGAUGUGGAAAAUGAUGUAAGGCAUCCUGUCAUCCACCCCCAACAAUUACUUGCUGUCAUUCUCCAGCUUGCUCUCUUAAUUCAAAUGUGAUGCCACAGGUACAUUUUAUGACUCUCAAGUCUUUGGUACGUCUGUAACAUUGUUAAAGAUCAAAUAUUUACUGCUUUGUGAAGAGCUUUGUCCUAUUUUAUUUACUUUUUAUCUAAAGCAGAGAAAUUGGUAUUUACAAAUUUUAUAUUCUCUUUAUCAUCACUAGCUGUAUAAAGUUAAAGAUCACAUGAAAUACAGAACAUGUUUUAGCAAUACAUAUAUUGAUUAUAUUUCACAUUCUUUAUCCAAAAAUUAUUUGGAUCUUAGUAUUGUUUACUUGAUCACACUGGCAUUACUGAAUGUUUUGAGCAAGUAAUUGUUUGUAUGGUUGUACUUUGUGAUACUGUACAUAUAGGUAAUAAGAUAUCUAAGUAUAAUAUUUCAUUUUUUCUUUUUUGUAAAGCAUUGCUUUAUUAAUUCUUUUAAAAAAAUGGCAUUUUGUUUCCUUUGAUAUAUUGAUUCCUUAAAUUUUAAUAUGCAAAUUUGGUCAAUGUUUAAAGUUAUUGAAAACAUAGUGUUCCUUUCUUAAUAGUAUUUGUUAAGAGUUGAGAAGUGCCUUAAUGGUACCCGUCCUACAAGCUUUCAUUCCACCAUUGUUAAGUGUUGUAACUUCUCCUCUCAGAGCAUCAAGAUUUGUUCAUUUGUCUAGUCCAGUAUACAAGAAAGCUCUUUGAUUUAUUUUUGUAAACAUUUUGUAAUAAUUGUGAUGUUCCUUGAAAACAAACAAAUGUCUUACC